AUGGACCUGGACGUCCAAGUGUUCCAGUUCGUCAGCCACUGCAUGACCGAGCACGCAUUAACUGUGAAAGAAUGUCGUGUGUCAGUUGCCGUCCUGAGGCCACCUCUCUCCACCAUCUCUCACCACCCGCUGUGUCCCACCACCGAGCGUUACCUGCGCUACUUCGAGGCCACGGUGUCGAACCCCAGCCCGGGGGUGCCCCAGUUCACGGCAGUGGGGUACGUGGACGGGAACCUCAUCUCGCGCUACGACAGCGAGACGGGGAGGGCGGUGCCCGGGUCGGGCUGGAUGGCGGCCAGCCUGGAUCAGCCGUACUGGGACACUCAGACUGGGAUAGGAAGGAGCAAUCAGCACAUUUUCCGUGAGAGGCUGCUCACCCUGCGGGCCCGCUACAGCGAGAGCGGCA